AUGAGAGCAUUACCGGUGCCAGACCCCGACGAAUACGACAGGUACGUUUUCGGGAACGAGUACGAAUUCGAGCCUGCGCUUAUGCCCUACGACGAAGACCUUUUCUUCCAACAGUCGUGGACCGGGAGCUAUCCCAAAUGUGUGGUGGCUGCGAAUACAGUGUGUCACACUUUCUGCAGCCGGGCUGAUCGUGUGGGGCCAGCAGACCGUCACGGUCGAUGUGUGAUUUGCUUGGAGAACUUCAAAGACGGCGAUUGCAUGCGGUCUUUGCGCUGCUUUCACACCUUCCACCAAAGCUGCGUGGACAAAUGGCUGGAGGGCAGCCGGCUCUGCCCCAUUUGCAAGCAGGACAUCACAGGCUCUCCCUGGGCACUGGCAACUGAAGCUGCGGCCUCCUCGGACUCAGACUUCACCAGCAGUGAUUUCGUUGCAGACGAAGCAGGACACCCCCGCCCCCCAACCCCCCCCUUGAGGCGAUCUGCAGCGGAAGUGUCGGCACCAGCACAGCACCGACGGCCGCUGCCUGCACAGUCUGCGCACUCAACACGGCCGCGUCUUGUGCAGCCUGUGCUUCGGUUUGAAUCAGGGCGCUCUGCACUGUCUGCCCUGUAUGCGAGCACCGCCUCUGUUCUCCAGCGCCUGCACCACGACCGUGUCUCUCAAGUGCUGCACGGAACUGCCUACAGUGCUCCCAGCACUGACAGCCGGGCAAGAUGCCAGGUUCCGACCAGUUGCGACCAGAACAGGGAAGACGGUGUAUCCGCGGCAAUGGAUGGCAUCGCACCCUUUGCGUUGCCCAGGCGACUCAGGAUGGACCCGGAUGCGUCCGACAUUCACGUUUUUCAUCCGGAAGUACCUUUGCCGUCUUCCGAUGAGGAGGAUUCGGAUGUGGAGGCGUCAGUGGAGGGAUGUUCGGAGCUGGAGAUUUCCAAGCACACGCUGUGCCACAUCCACGUGACCCAUCCCGGCGAAAAAGGCCCCGGGCCCGACAAGGGACCCCAGGAGGAGACGUGUGCUGUUUGUUUAGAGGACUUCCGAGAUGGCGACUUGGUGCGGGUCUUGCGCUGCUUUCACACUUUUCACAAAGACUGUGUGGAUAAAUGGCUGGCCCGGAACCACCUGUGUCCAAUAUGCAAGCAGGACGUCGCAGGACAACCGACUUGGAAAGAGCGCAAGGAUAUCGCGUGCUGUUUGGCCUCCGAGGUACAGCCAAUGACCAGUGUCGUGGACUUUCCUUCCCUCGUUCAUGAGGUUCCAGAACACUCGUCGGCGAGGCUUUCUUUUCGCACAGUACGCCGCUUGUACAAUGCUUCUGGAAGCGCAGUUUCUCGGCUGAUGCGCUCUGCAGCUACAGUGCCGCUUUGUCCGCAUGAUGUGGUCCAGCCACUCCGCAGUGGCCGAACGAGGCGAGUUCGUCAAUCCCCGUGCAUCAUCGCAUUGUAG